AACGGCCCCCGAAACUUUCUCCAUCUAGCCGCCACCCGCAGCUAGCUAAGCUACUGUAGCUCGAUCGACCUUCCCCUUCCCCCUCUCCCUCCCGGCGCGCAGAUGGCCGCCGUGCACCCGCCUUCGCUCGCGCCCCCGAGGCCCGGCGGCCGCUUCCCCGCCGACGAAAUCGAGAGCGUCGCGGAAUCGUCGUCGUCGUCUUCCCCGCGCCAACGCCCGCGGCGGCCGACGGCGAGCGGCGGGGAGGACGGGGAAGACGACGACGACGGGUGCAGCAGCUGCGUGGAGAGGGGCGAAGAAGAAGACCCGUACGGCCAGCAGCAGAAGCGGCCGCGAAUGGCGGAGGCUGACGACGAGGACGAAGAGGAGGUGAGCACGGCGAGCUUCUGGUGGAACAGGACACCGGCGGCGGUGUCGGAUCGUGUGAAGCGGCGGCGGGAUGCGGAGGAGGAGGAGGGUCCGGAGCGGGCGGCGGCGCGGCAGGAGGAGGACCGCAAGUUCUGGGAGCUCUGCCUCGCCACAGGGUACCCAUGAUUUCUUCUCCCAAAUUUCAAAAAGCAAGUUGAUCCACCCACCGACAGACCAUGGCAAAGGCCAUGAAUUAACCCCACGAAGCUAAGGCGACCUCAUCACAGAAUUAGCGUGCGCCUUUUCUUAGUUUCUUCUUCUUCUUCCUCUCCUUCUCUGUACAGAUAUACAGCGAGUCUUUAUUAUUUAUUUAAAGGAGAUCGAGUGUCGAUUAAUUAAGCGAGACAGGAACUAGUAAUACAGAAAGUCGUUUAACAAAAUUAAACUGGCGGCUGUUGCUCGGCUUGGCAGCUUUUUUAA